AUGUCCGCGUUAGGCCUUUCCGCCGCUGCCCCGGCCUCCGCGCGCCUGAGCGUUUCCGCGGAACCCGCGCACUUGCGCCUGCGCGGGGGACGUACCAUUCCGUCCGCAUGGAAACCCACCCCCCUGUUGCUGACGUCAUCCCGAUCAGCAGCGGCGUCGCGGCGCGCAAGCCUCCCGAUCCGCGCGUCUGCUGCUGCGGGAGCGGAGGGUGCGGCGGGAGAUGCGGCGGGAAGUGCGGCGCAGGGCGGGAUGACGUACAAGGACGCGGGCGUGGAUAUCGAUGCGGGUGCUGAGCUGGUGCGGCGCAUCGCCAAGAUGACACCUGGCAUCGGCGGAUUCGGCGGGCUGUACCCGUUUGGGGACCACUACCUUGUAGCGGGUACGGACGGGGUGGGCACGAAGCUGAAGCUGGCCUUCGCGAUGGACAAGCACGACACCAUUGGCAUCGACCUGGUGGCGAUGAGUGUCAACGACAUCAUCACGUCAGGCGCUAGCCCGCUCUUCUUCCUCGACUACUUUGCCUCCAGCAAGCUCGAGGUCGACCAGGCCGAGCAGGGUUGUAGCAAGCGUGAGGUGGCCACUCUCGCCCUCUCUUCUUCCUCGACUACUUUUUACUUCCACAAGCUGGAGGUGGACCAGGCCAAGGCAGGUCAUCAAGGGGAUCGGGGACGAAUGCAAGCAGUGAGACUGUGUGCUGCUGCUGCUACGUGCACAUGUGCUUACCACUCUCCACUCCUUGCCAUCACCCCCCAUCACCCCCAUCACCCCAUCACCCCCAUCGCCCCCAUCGCCCCCACCAUCAGGUCAUCAAGGGAAUUGUGGACGAAUGCAAGCAGUGAGGACUGUGUGCGUAUGCACACAGGUGAGACUGUGUGUGCUGCUGCUGCUGAUGGUGCACCUGUGUGUGUGUGUAUGCAGUACACAUGUGGUAACCUCCCUUCUCUCCUUUCUGUCAUCUCCUUGCCACCCCCACCACCCCAUCAGGUCAUCAAAGGCAUCGUGGGACGGCUGCAAGCAGUCAGACUGUGUGCUGCUGGGAGGGGAGGUGCGUGGGAGAUGCAGAAGAGGGGGGCGGGUGUGGGGGGUGAGGGUGGGCGUGGUGGCACUGCUGGCGCUGUUGCCAGUGGGAGAGGUGCGGUUGGGCCAGAAUCCUCCCAGGAUCUUCCUUCCACUUCUUCCCACUUCUCCUCCUUUUCUUCAACCAAUCAGACGGCGGAAAUGCCUGGGUUCUAUGCUGACAAGGAGUACGAUCUGAGCGGGUUUGGCAGUGGGGCCUGUGAAGAUUCACUGAAUCUUCUAUCCAUUUCCUCCCCUGUUUUUUCCACCAAUCAGACGGCAGAAAUGCCCGGAUUUUAUGCUGACAAGGAGUACGAUCUGAGCGGGUUUGCAGUGGGAGCAGUGAAGAAAGCAGAGCUUAUAGACGGAUCCGGUAUAAGGAAGGGCGAUAAGAUCAUCGAGUCAUUCAAUGCACUCUCUCUCCUCUCUCCCCUCCGCCCUUACCUGUUCGCCACUUCCAGAGUGGUGGACGCCAGUGGCGCUUCCCUCUCAGACCCCCUCCCAGGUGCCCCUGCGGGAGUGACUAUAGGGGGCGCCCUGCUAGAGCUACCGUGA